AUGUAUGGUACUAGAAUUGAGAGAAGCACUCGAAAACACAGAUGGAACAUACUAACAAUUUCACAGACAGAAGGCCACAAAAAGCUAAAAUUGGUAGCCAUAAGUGGCGAUUCUGAAGAACCAAUCAGUCCCUGUGGUAUAUGUAGACAGUUUAUCAGAGAAUUUGGACCCAACGUACCUGUAUUUAUGUUUAAUAAGGAUGGAUCCAAAUUUAUCAAAGUAUUCUUGCAGGAUUUGUUACCAUUGAGCUUUGGACCAGAAAACUUGGGGAUUGAACCAGCUCACUAG